AUGACACGAUAUCACAAAUAGAGGCAAAGCAUCGCCAACAACAUCGUCGUCGUCGUCGUCACGCACUCCUUGCAGCGCAGCAGAAACUUGGCAGCUCUUUGCAGCAAUCCGCUUAACUAACAAGCUGCUAAAGUUUAUCAGUCAACCACACACACAGCUGACUGUAGACGUGCCAGAUACGUAUAUGCAACUGUGCAACACAGCUUUAGAAUGAAAUGGAGAUGCAAAGCAGAGCUGGUCAUGGACCAACAACAGCAACAACAACCACAGCAACAGCAUCAACAAAGCCUUCGCCUACGCCACGCGCCUUCAAUUGUCAUUUGGCGCAGAGGGCGUGGCAUGAAGUGUUGCAGCCUUUUAUCAAUUGUGCGCCGAACGAUGUGGCAACUGUUGGAGGAGACCAGACAGCAGACAACAACAUCAUUAGCAAUAACACAUUCCACUGCAUGCUGGAAACAUUCGAUGGGGAGCAGCAAAGAGCAUUUUAUGCCUGCAAUGGGGCAGAAGUCGGAACACCAACAUGCGACACUCUAAGCUUGCAACUGGAGACGGCGCCAGCAGUCCAUGAGGCAUACAAACACUUUCAGCUCGCCGUCAACGAGGCUGCAAUGCCAAUGCCACUACCAAUGCCAAGUGAUAAUGUGAGUGAUACCGUUAGUUUAAGUACGACAUUCGGCAAUUGCAGCGGUGGUGGCAGUGGCACCAACAGCAUUUCUGUCAAUUCGCUGCUCUGUGAGGUGGCAAACAGCUCGCAGGCUUUUCUCUGUUACCUGCAGGGCACUGGCAAUGCCACUGAGGAGGGGCAGCUGGAGUUGCAGUUCGCGAAGGAGCAGCAGGCCGAGCAGUUGGAGCUGGAACUGGAGCUGGAGGCAACGGCCACAGUUACAGCCUUGGAUAGUGAAUAUCAGAUCAGCUUGGGCGAUUCUGGUCUCUGGUCGUGGCUGAAUUUUAGCGAACUAAUCUCCAAUGCCAGCAGCAGUAUGGAGAACGCCAGCACUAUGAAUGGUCUGGACAUGAUGUUGGCCAACUAUACGCUCACAACAGCAACCACAAUUGCAACGACAACAUCAACAACAACAACAGCAACGGACCCGGUCAUAACAACAAGCUUCGCAGAUUAUAGGCCGCACGGCUAUGAGUGGCUCUUCAUCUUUGUGGUCUUCUUCAUAUUCGCUGGAGGUUUGGGCAACAUACUCGUCUGUCUGGCGGUCGCAUUGGAUCGAAAGCUGCAGAACGUAACCAACUAUUUCCUAUUCUCGUUGGCCAUCGCCGAUCUACUUGUCAGUUUGUUUGUCAUGCCCAUGGGCGCCAUACCCGCAUUUCUCGGAUAUUGGCCACUUGGCUUUACGUGGUGCAACAUUUAUGUGACCUGUGAUGUGCUCGCCUGCUCGUCAAGCAUUUUACACAUGUGCUUCAUUAGCCUCGGCCGAUAUUUGGGCAUACGGAAUCCAUUGGGCUCUCGACAUCGUUCCACAAAACGUUUGGCUGGCAUUAAAAUCGCCAUUGUCUGGGUGAUGGCCAUGAUAGUGUCGAGUUCGAUCACAGUCCUUGGCCUUGUCAAUACGAAGAACAUCAUGCCGCAGCCGAAUGUUUGUGUCAUCAACAAUCGUGCAUUUUUCGUGUUCGGCUCCCUGGUGGCCUUCUACAUACCAAUGCUAAUGAUGGUAACCACUUAUGCUCUCACAAUUCCGCUGUUGCGAAAGAAGGCGCGCUUUGCCGCCGAACAUCCCGAGAGUGAACUCUUUCGACGGCUGGGCGGGCGCUUCACCAUUCGACCUCAGCACAGCCAGCAACAGUUGCAGAUGCACAGCAGCUUCACGAGCAAUACUUACAGCAACAACAAAUUCCUCACAAUGAGUGACAGCAAUCGCAACUUCAACAGUGCAUCCGGUGGUGGUGGUGGUGGAGGAAAGCGCGCGACCAGCAUCACCAGUGGCAGUGGCAGUUGCAGUGGCAGUGGCAACAACAACGAUGCCUCAGAGCGACAAUUGAUGCAACAGCGAACGACCAGCAAUCGAAGUAUUAGCGGCGUCAGCUUUAGAAAUGUGGUAAAUGGCAGUGGUGGUGGAGGAGGUGGAAGCAGAAGCGGCAGCGGCACUAGUUCCGGUACUGGCAUUUUACGUCAUUCCUCGAGCUCAUCCGUGCGCCUCAAGUCACAGCCAAGCAGCUUCUGGCGUAAGCAUGGCGGGAAUCCAAAUCUUAUGGAUAGCCAUCCAAACCGACGCGCCUCAGUACGCGUGAGUAUCUCGCAACCGCAAUUGGGUUACACAACAAAUGGCAAUGGCAAUGGUGGGGGCAAGGGAGGCGGUCGUGGUGGUGGUGGUGGUGGAGGUGGUGGUGGAGCCGGAGCAGCUACAACAACAACAACAACAGCAACAAGCUGUACAACACCUGGCAGCAUGGGCGGUAGUUCCAGCAUCAUCAGCAUUGCGACCAUACAAGGCAGCAGCUCCGGCAAAGGCAAUCAUCAUGCGAUGACUGCGCAGGACAGGGAUAGAGAAAGGGAGAGGGAGCGGGAUAGGGACAGGGAGCAGGAGCAGGAACAGGAACAAGAGCGAGAGGCGCGUCGCCACAAACUGCGUCCGUUCAAGUUCGCUUUGAAUCGCGUGGCCACACCGACACUCAAUUUGCGCUUCCUGAACAAUCGCAGCAAACGCAACAGUCUGUCGGCAAAUGCUGUAGCCACCGAACAGAAGGCAACAAAAGUAUUGGGACUCGUCUUCUUCACCUUUGUGCUGUGCUGGUCACCCUUUUUCAUACUAAACAUCAUAUUCGCCGCCUGUCCCGAAUGCCAAGUGCCCGAACACGUGGUUAACACCUGCCUCUGGCUCGGCUAUGUCUCAUCCACCAUCAAUCCGAUUAUAUACACAAUAUUCAAUCGUACCUUUCGUGCGGCCUUCAUACGUCUCCUCAAAUGCAAUUGCGAGCGUUCCGGUCGCCCAUUGCGCUAUCGGUCCGUGACGGAAGAACGCAGCGCGCUGAGUCUGUGCGCCCCCUCGGCACUGCCGCUGGCCAUUUCCUUUCAGGGCGCCCCACUCAUGACGCCAUCCACGGCGAAUGCGACGCCGCUAAGUGAGUUUCGUGGCAGUUAUACAAUCACCGAUGACGAAUGCUAAAAGAAUUUAUAGCCCAUGGCGGGAAACUAAUCAAAACCGAACGAAAAUGACGACAACUUAAACGUAAUUUGUGUGUUUGUACUUAUUAGCGUGUAAUCAAAUGUCAACUACAGGGUGAUUCAUAACUAAUCGUAAAAUGCAAAUGCAACUCCUCGAACUUUUGUAGCUGUGUAGCAACUGUACCUAAAACAAGCAAAAACUAAACUCAUUCAUAUCAUUGAGAGUGUGUGUCAAACUGUGUGAUUGAUUUUAAAGUAUUUUGGCGUGACUGUACCUUUCAUUUCAUGCCAACAUUUGUGUAGCUUUAUGUAACGUAACUGUACCUACAAAUAAGUGAAUGUAUAUUUAAGCCAAACGCA